AUGGCAAGCGAAAAGGCGCCUGUCGACGUAUCAGCCCAGCUUGAGCCCGCCGACAAGCGGCAGACGAGCCUGGACGGAAGGACAACGGAAAGCCCAAAGGUCCCAGGCAAAGACGACGAUGCAGCAUCAACGGAGACGGCCGAGCGGGUCCAGGGACACCCCAUUAUUCGAAAUGGCGAGGACGUCUCCAAAUACCUAGUCUCGGAUCGCGACGACGGCGAUCCAGCACUGACGUUCCGCUCCAUCUUCCCGGGCACCAUCUUCACCGCCCUCUCCAGCGUCAUCACCAUGCUCUACGUCUUCAAGCCGACGCAGAUGCAAGUCUCGGCCGUCUUCCUCCAACUCCUCGUCUUUCUCUUUGGCGAGGCCUGGGCCUACGGCACGCCCAGCCCGUCCCGCUUCUCCAGCAAGCCGGUACAGGCGACCCUGCGCUUCCUCAACUCUGGCCAGGCGUUUGGCAUCAAGGAGCACGUCGUGGCCUCGCUCAUCGCGUCGUCGGGCAACAACGGGCUGUCGGGCGUCGAGAUCUACGCCGUCGAGCGGCUCUUCUACGACCGGGCCGUGGCGGCGAGCACGGCCGUGCUCGCCACCUUUUCCAUCUCGCUCUGCGGCUUCGUGCUCGCCGGCGUGCUGCGGCCGCUCAUCGUGUACCCGGCCGAGAUGGUCUACUGGUCCACGCUGCCGCAGGUCUUCCCCGCGUACAUGGUCACCUGGUUCGGCGGGCUGUCCGUCUUCUGCCUCGCGUCCUUGGGCGCGCCCGCGGCGACGCGCACCGCGUUUGGCCGCAUCUUUGGCGGCGCCUCGUCCAACGAGGGGCUCGGCCUGCUCAACUUUAGCCUCGACUGGCAGUACAUCCAGAGCACGUACCUGUCGCUGCCGCUCAAGCAGCAGCUCAACAGCUGGAUCGGCUACGCCAUCUGGUACCUCGUCGUGCCGCUGCUCUUCUACAAGAACGUGUGGGAUGCCCAAAAGUUCCCCUUCAUGUCCACGUCGCUCUUCUCCAGCAACGGCUCGCGCUUCGUCACCACGUCCGUCCUCAACGCGCACGGCACCAUUGACUACGACAAGCUCGCCCGCGUCGGCGUCCCGCAGCUCACGUCCACCACCGCCUGGGGCUACCUCACGGCCAGCCUCGCCAUGGGCGCGCUCAUCACCCACGUCGUCCUCUUCUACGGCAAGGGCAUGGUCCAGGCGUGGAAGCAGGCCAGCGCGCGCACGCAGCCAGACGUGCACUACCAAAAGAUGCUCCGGUACAAGGAGGUGCCCAUGUGGUGGUAUCUCGUGCUCUUCGCCCUCACCUUUGUCGCCGGCCUGGUCGUCAACAUCAGGGGCGACACCACGCUCCCCGUCUGGGGCUACAUCAUCUCGCUGCUCCUCGGCGCCGUCAUCGCGCCCUUUUCGUGCAUCCUCUACGGCCUGUACGGCACGGGCAUCGGCACCAACCAAAUCUCCAAAAUGGUCGCCGGCGCCGUGCACCCCGGCCGGCCGCUCGCCAACCUCUACUUUGCCAGCUGGUCGCACCAGGUGAUCCUGCUCGCCGUCAACCUCGCCAACUGGCUCAAGGUCGGCCAGUACACCAAGGUGCCGCACCGCGUCAUGUUCUUCACGCAGAUAUACGGCACGCUGCUCGGCGCCGGCCUCAACUACGCCGUCAUGACCUCCAUCGUCACCUCCCAGCGCGCCGUCCUCCUCGACCCGCUCGGGACCAACGUCUGGAGCGGCUCCGCCAUGCAGAGCCUCAACGCGCAGGCCAUCACCUGGGCGCUGGCGACGGAGAUGUACGGCCGCCACGGGAGGUACUUCAUCGUCCCGCUCGGGCUGCUCAUCGGCGCCGCGUUUCCCGUCGCCCACUGGGCGCUCUGCAGGGCGUACCCGCGCAUCCGCAAGUGGCCCAUUAACACCACCUUUAUCCUGCAGUACAUGGGCACCACCUACUACGGCAACACGUCCUGGCUGUGGUCGUCGUUUGCGGUGGGCGCGUUUUCGCAGCUGUGGCUCCGCCGUCGCUAUCCGCGCAUCUACAACGAGUACAACUAUCUCAUCGGCGCCGCGCUGGAUGGUGGCUCCCAGAUUGUCAUUUUCAUCUUGUCGUUUGCAGUGUUUGGAGCAAGUGGCCAAUCCCACCCGUUCCCGACUUGGUGGGGGAACCCCGAAGGCAAUCCGGACCACUGCAUAUAG